CAAGUUUGGCCCUGAAAAUUGGGCAUUCUCUCAGAAAGAUAAGUGACCUCAUGAUGUGUCGUGCCCUCAUGGAAGAGGACCAAGAGGGGAUCGAUUCCAUCAAGAGGUUUCAUACACUUCAGAAAACAAAGUGGUCUGAAUUAGUUUCCCAUUCUGCCUUAUCAAACCUGAGCGAGGCCAAAUGCAACAAGAGCACCAGGCUUCCACUGGCCAAAGACGUUCAGAAGAUACAGUUACAUCUUGGUCAGCAAGUGGAAUUGGCUAAGGAGAAACUAGCCGAUAAUCCAGGUGAAGUGGCGCGAAUGACUGUAAAAAAUGUUGAAGAUCGUGACAUGUCACAACUUAACGAUGACAUAAGCACUGGGCUUACAGAAGUUGAGAGGAGACUUUGCAAACAAUUCGCCAGAGUGGAAUUGAGGGGGGAAAAAGGACGAAAUGUUGCGGUGAUCCUGACUCCUGAUAUGACCGCUAACCUGUCACCCCUCAUUAGUAAGAGGAAAGAGUGUGGAGUUACUGAAAACAACGAUUACCUCUUCGCUGUUCCUUGUAGUCUUGGUCACUACAGAGGGCAGUUUGGUCAAUUUGCAGAUGCUUGUGGAGCCGAAGAUCCUCAAAACCUCAGAUCAACUAACCUUCGCAAACAGAUCGCCACAAUAAGCCAAGUCAUGAACUUGAAAGAUAAUGAACUGGACCAGCUGGCCGAUUUUCUCGGCCAUGACAUUAGGGUGCAUAUAGAGUACUAUCGACUGCCCCAAUCAACAAUUCAGCUGGCUAAGAUCUCAAAACUGCUUAUGGCUAUGGAGAAGGGAAGUGUGAAGGAUAUUCAAGGAAAAUCUCUUGAUGGAAUCGGUGAUGACACAGAAGAUAUGGAUACAGGAUCACAGCAACUCCCCGAUGUUUCCACUCUGCAAGACAAUGAAGAAAUAUUGGCUUCUGACACUUUUGGAUCGCCUCACCUCUCCGAGACCGCAGCUCAAGACAAUGAAGUAAUGUUGGCUGCUGGAACUUGUGGAUCGCCUCACCUCUCUGAGACCGCAGCUCAAGAUGACCUGUGGAACUCUGUCUGUGUGACUUCUAGUUCACCUCAUCUCCCUGACUCAGUCACUCAAGGUUUCCGUGUUUCAUCAAGACGGUGUGUGAAGAGACCAUGGUCCAAGGAGGAGAUACAAGCUGUGAUGAAACAUAUGAGGCCUUUUAUUGAAAACGGUGUCACUCACCAGUGAGCAGUGCCUGAAGUGCAAGGAAAAGGAACACCCUGUGUUGGAGACAAGAUCCAUUCAAAACAUUCGAUAUUUUGUACGCAACAGAGGCUUGACUUUUAAAAGGCAUUCAAAGGCUAAACACUAAAUGCACUUUUGGCUAGCCUGAGACUUGGGUCUAAUAUUUUAUAAG